AUCUCGGGCUGAAGGAAGUGGCGGUCGCUGCGGCGGCGGCGGCGACGACAGCGCAAAGACGGCGGGCAUGGUGGGCCGGGAGAAAGAGCUCUCUAUCCACUUUGUUCCCGGGGACUGCCGGUUGGUGGAGGAGGAAGUUAACAUCCCCAGCAGGCGGGUUCUCAUUACUGGUGCCACUGGGCUUCUUGGCAGAGCUGUGUACAAAGAAUUUCAGCAGAAUAAUUGGCAUGCCGUUGGCUGUGGUUUUAGAAGAGCAAGACCAAAAUUUGAGCAGGUCAGUCUCUUGGAUUCUAAUGCAGUUCAUCACAUCAUUUAUGAUUUUCAGCCUCAUGUCAUCGUACAUUGUGCAGCAGAGAGAAGGCCAGAUGUUGUAGAAAAUCACCCAGAUGCUGCUUCUCAACUUAACGUGAAUGCUUCUGGGAAUUUAGCAAAGGAAGCAGCUGCAAUUGGAGCAUUUCUAAUCUACAUUAGCUCUGAUUAUGUUUUUGAUGGAACAAACCCACGUUAUAGAGAGGAAGAUAUACCAAAUCCCCUAAAUCUAUAUGGCAAAACAAAAUUAGAAGGAGAAAAGGCCGUCCUGGAGAACAAUUUAGGAGCUGCUGUUUUGAGAAUUCCUGUUCUGUAUGGAGAAGUUGAAAGGCUUGAGGAAAGUGCCGUGACUAUUAUGUUUGAUAAAGUGCAGUUCAGCAACAAGUCCGCCAACAUGGACCACUGGCAACAGCGGUUCCCCACGCACGUCAAAGACGUGGCCACCGUGUGCCGUCAGCUAGCAGAGAAGAGGAUGCUGGAUCCAUCAAUUAAGGGAAACUUUCACCGGUCCGGGAACGAACAGAUGACUAAGUAUGAAAUGGCGUGUGCAAUUGCAGAUGCCUUCAACCUCCCCAGCAGCCACUUAAGACCGAUAACUGACAGCCCUGUUGUAGGAGCACAACGUCCGAGAAAUGCUCAGCUUGAUUGCUCCAAAUUGGAGACCUUGGGCAUUGGCCAGCGAACACCAUUCCGAAUUGGAAUCAAAGAGUCACUCUGGCCUUUCCUCAUUGACAAGAGAUGGAGACAGACGGUCUUUCAUUAGUGUAUGUGUGGUGGUGGGGGUGGUGGUGGUGGUUUUUUAAAACGAGAAGUCAAGAAGUCAUGGCACUUUUUAAAGAAAAAAGGAAAUAGUUUUGUAUGAGUGCUCUUCAAUUGUGAUUCAUGAUCUUUCAGGUAAAUGAUGCUCUUGCACUAGUGAAUUGUCUAGGGAAACUUAAGGGCAAUAAUGCCUUGUUUGAAGUAAUGAUUUUCUCAUUUUGUUCUGCCUCAAUUUGCUGUGUGAAUAUAGUAAAUUAUGAUUUUCAAGUAUUUGAGAGCCAGGAUGAAACACGUCUGCUGUAGACUUUUUUUGGGGGAGGGGGAAGAAAUGCAUUGUUCAUUCCUAUAAAUAACCUCUACAUUUUCAGGACUUUUACAACUGUUUAUCCUUUUAUGUUUUAAAUUGUGUUAAAUAGGAUACAAAUCAUUGGUGUUCAUGUUUGCUUUGCUUGAGCUCAGAUCAAAAUGUCUGAAGAAAGAAACUU